CCUAGGUACCGACCGUCUCGUCGGGUCAAAACGAUUUAAAACCCUAGACCAGCGUCUAUUCGGCAUCUGCAGCGUCUCUCUCCCGGCGGCCUCUCUCUCGUCUCUUCUCUACCGUAAGGCAUCCAAGGUAAACAUUCAUCCAAAUUUCAUCACUUUUAUCAUCAAUUAAGCUUCAAUUUCCAUAUCCUCUCCUUAAUUCGUGCAUUAAGUAUCACUUUUCCCAUUUUUCGUCCAAUUUUCCUAAUUUUCUCAAAAUCUCCAAAAUGAGUGAAAUUGUUUCAAAUGUUCAACCCGAUGUCCAAGGUGGGUUCAAGGCUUACGCCGACCCACAUAUCAUUGAGGGGAGAACCCUAAAACAAGAUGACAUCCCGGUUCCCGUUCUUGAACUUAUUCAAGAACAAGGUUGGAGUUUCUUUCUUCAACUCCAAGCCCCUGUUUACCCGGACCUUGUUAAUCAAUUCUAUUCUUCUAUGAAAUACUAUCCCGAAGACCCUUCCAUUACCGCCGUAGUUGCCGGCAAAACCUUUGGAUUCAACACCCAAAACCUUUCCGAAUGGUUUCAUCUAGAGCGUCAAGGAGUCUCUACCUAUUGCAAAAAGGGGUGGAUUACCGACUCCCGAGACUUCAACUCCGAUUCUUGCCUCCGAGUGCUUAAUAACAUUGCCCUUGACCAUGUCUUUAAGGACCCACACUACUUUCUUCAUAGGCCAAAUGUUCAAGACUUACCCGCAAAUAGGUUCACCCUUCUCAAAAUCCUCAAAGAAAAUAUCAUCCCGGUCCUUAACAAAGAUAAACAAGUUGGGGUUUAUGAAUGCACUCUUCUAUAUUGGCUCCUCACUCACAAGAAAAUCAAUCUCCCUUCCAUCAUCCUAAAACACAUGUACGAAUGCUCCGGUCGCCAAAACAAACCCUAUGGCAUGCUUCUUACCCACAUCUUUGCCAAGAGGGAAAUUCUUGAGGUGCGCCCUUCUCGUGUCCGCUAUCUUGAUGCGGAGUGCCUUGGCUAUUGUGGCCUUGUGAAGAUUGGAGAAGAGUACUACAUGAAGAAGGAGUUUCAAAAUCUUGAUGAAGCUACACGAGCGGAGUAUGGCCCUCGACGAUCCUUGUCCUCUGUGCCAUCUACUUCACGAGCAGCCCGGGCCGAAGCCGAAGAAAAGGCCAACACGGAUGUCCCCGUUCGUGCUCCUAGGGUCAAAUGCUCAAAGUCGGUGUCUCAUGCUUCUUCGGCCUCUCUCUUGCACCGUCACUCUCAAAUGGCUUCCAUUUCCAAAAACCCCUUCAAGAAGUUCAAGAAAUUCAUCCUCAAGACCGUAGUGGCUCCGAUGAAGAAAAUUCAAGAAAGCCUUGAUGACCUCUCGGAUCGGAUGAAGAAGAUGGAGGACCGUGAGAAUUGCCAAAAGCAAAAUGAGGAUCGUGCUUCUAGACGUCGCCGCUAAGUAUUGAGCAUUUGACAAAAUGAUCAAACAUUCACUUAUCUAUAUUUUUUUAAAAAAUUAUUAUGUAUUUUAUUUUAUGUUUCAAACUCCUAUCAUGUCUUAUGUUUAAAACUCGUACUUCUGCACUUUUAUGAUUGUUAACCCCUUUAUGAUUAUGCUUAUGAUUCACUUGAAUGCCUAUAAUUGUUGCCAUAAUGAAUGCCACUGUGUUGA